AUGCAUUCAACAACAAGCGACCUUCAUGAGUCCCAUUGCGACAUGUCGAUUGGGGAUCCUGAGCACGACAUUCAACACCGGAUCGCCACUACAACACUCGACUGUGUACAAGAAGAUAUCGAUUCCCGUAUCAGUGACAAAGUUAACCAUGCAUACGAGCCACAACAGCCUGCAUCAGGAACAACCAAACACAUGGCAUCAGUGAACGACAUCCUCGAGAAGGGAGAUGAUUAUUAUGGUGUCCUAUCACUGGAUCGUCAUUGCACAUCCACCCAAAUCAAGAAAGCGUAUCGAAAGCUUGCAUUACAGUAUCAUCCUGAUAAAAACAAGGCCCCAGGUGCUGAUGAAGCAUUCAAAUUAAUCUCCAGAGCAUUUGCUGUUUUAUCCGAUGCAGAACAACGUGCGAUCUAUAAUGCAUGUGGGCACUAUGCAAAACACCACAAUUCACCAUUUUUCCGAUCCGACAACCAUGGCAGCAACAUAUCACCUGAGGAUUUGUACAACGCCUUCUUUGGGCAAGAUGGAUCUUUGGAUGACCCAGAUUUUAGCAGUGCAACAUUCGUCGGCCCUGGAUACACACCACAUACCUACUAUAGUAGCCAUAGCAACAAGCACAAACAACAACAGCGACUACUUUACAUACAACGAUGGGGGAUUCUGCUUCAAGUUAUGCCGCUUUUCAUUUUGUUUGCAUAUUCUUUGCUGGUAACCCUGAUGCAUGACACCAACUUAGCUGCAGCUUCCAUCACCAUCACCACAACCAAGUCAACUGAUACGCUGAAUUUUGGAUCUAUCAUCAUGCAAUAA